GAUAUGUUUUUGGCAAUUUUUUCUAGACUUUGAAGAAGAUUUGAAAAAAAAAAAGAGAAAUCUCUCUUAUCACCACCUCCAAUGGAGAGCAUUGGCAGCCACUGUUACACCUCUCCCUUCACCUUCAUCACCACGAGAAACUCCUCUCUCCCUAGACUCCUUCACUUCACUCCCAGAGGAGCAAUCCACAUUCGCAGCCAAUCAGACUCGCGUCGUCUCCUCACUUGCUCUGCUUCUUCCUCCACCAUUGAGGAGCACCGGAUGAACAAAGAUGGGUCGGGUCCGUCGAGAAAGAAAGUGAAGCUGAACGUGAGACUUAACCAUCAAGUCAAGUUCGGUGAGCACGUGGCUAUCUUUGGCUCAGCUGAAGAGAUUGGCUCCUGGAAGGAGAAAUCUCCUCUUAACUGGACUGAAACUGGAUGGGUUUGCGAGCUUCACCUCAACGGAGACCAUGCUCUGGAGUUCAAGUUCGUCAUUGUGAAAACCGACGGUUCUCUCUCAUGGGAGUCCGGUGACAACCGUGUCCUGAACCUCCCAAAGGCCGGAGCUUUCUCAGUCGUAUGCCACUGGGACGCUACUAGAGAGGCUCUUGAUGUUGUCUCUCAGGAGGAGGUUGGUGAGGGAGAGAGAGUGGUGGGGAGUAGUGAGAACGGUGCGCAGCUUCGGAAGAGUGCGUUGGGUGGGGAGUGGAAAGGGAAAGAGGCUUCCUUUAUGAGUUCGAAUGAGCAUGGUGAGAGAGAAGUUGGGAGGAGUUGGGAUACUAGUGGUCUUGAAGGUCCGGGUCUCAAGAUGGUGGAAGGUGAUCGCAACUCUAGGAACUGGUGGAGAAAGCUUGAAAUGGUACGGGAGGUUAUAGUUGGGAGUGUUGAGAGGGAGGAAAGGUUGAAGGCGCUUAUAUACUCUGCAGUGUAUUUGAAGUGGAUAAACACAGGACAGAUUCCAUGUUUUGAGGAUGGAGGGCAUCACCGUCCGAACCGGCAUGCUGAGAUCUCCAGGCUUAUAUUCCGUGAGUUGGAGAACAUUUGCAGCAAGAAAGAUGCUACCGCAGAGGAAGUGCUUGUUGCUCGGAAAAUCCAUCCGUGUUUACCUUCUUUCAAAGCAGAGUUUACUGCAUCUGUCCCUCUAACUAGAAUUAGAGACAUCGCCCAUCGCAAUGACAUUCCUCAUGAUCUCAAGCAAGAGAUCAAGCACACAAUACAAAACAAGCUCCACCGGAAUGCCGGUCCAGAAGAUCUAAUUGCAACAGAAGCAAUGCUUGAGAGAAUCACUGAGACCCCAGGAAAAUACGGUGGAGACUUUGUGGAGCAGUUCAGAAUAUUCCAUAAUGAGCUUAAGGAUUUCUUUAAUGCUGGAAGCCUCACAGAGCAACUUGAUUCUAUGAAAGUUUCUAUGGAUGAGAGAGGUCUUUCUGCUCUCACUUUGUUUCUUGAAUGUAAAGAGCGCCUUGACGCAUCCGGAGAAUCAGGCAAUGUUUUGGAGUUGAUUAAAACUAUGCAUUCUCUGGCUUCUCUAAGAGAAACAAUUGUUAAGGAACUUAACAGCGGCUUGCGUAAUGAUGCUCCUGAUGCUGCCAUUGCAAUGCGCCAGAAGUGGCGUCUUUGUGAGAUUGGCCUUGAGGACUAUUUUUUUGUUCUACUAAGCAGAUUUCUCAAUGCUGUUGAAACUAUGGGAGGAGCUGUUAAACUGGCGAAAGAUGUGGGAUCAAAAGACGUUUCCUCGUGGAAUGAUCCUCUUGAUGCUCUGGUCUUGGGUGUUCACCAAGUUGGUCUAUCUGGUUGGAAGCAAGAGGAAUGUUUAGCCAUUAGAAACGAACUCCUAGCGUGGCGAGAGAGAGACCUACUUGAAAAAGAAGGGGAAGAGGAUGGGAAAACCAUUUGGGCCAUGAGGCUGAAAGCAACUCUGGAUCGAGCAAGGAGAUUAACAUCAGAAUAUUCUGAUUUACUUCUUCAAAUAUUUCCUUCUAAUGUGGAGAUAUUAGGAAGAGCUCUAGGGAUUCCAGAGAACAGUGUCAAGACCUAUACAGAAGCUGAGAUUCGUGCUGGGAUAAUUUUCCAGAUCUCAAAGCUCUGUACUGUUCUUCUGAAAGCUGUUAGAAACACACUUGGUUCUGAGGGAUGGGACGUCAUUGUACCAGGAUCAACUUCUGGGACAUUAGUUCAGGUGGAUAGCAUUGUGCCAGGUUCAUUACCAUCAACUGAUGGUGGUCCUGUUAUUCUAUUAGUCAACAAAGCUGAUGGCGAUGAAGAGGUAAGUGCUGCUAAUGGGAACAUAGCCGGAGUCAUGCUUCUCCAGGAACUUCCUCACUUGUCUCACCUCGGCGUUAGAGCGCGGCAGGAGAAAAUAGUCUUUGUGACAUGUGAUGACGAUGAAAAGGUGGCUGAGAUACGGCGACUUGUUGGAAAAUAUGUGAGUUUGGAAGCAUCUCCAAGCCAUGUGAACCUGAUGCUUUCAACUGAAGAUAACAAAAGGACGGAUAAGAAGAGUGUAUCUGUCAAUGAAGAAGAGUCAAAGCCUGUUUCCUCAACUUCUAAUAGCCUCCUUUACUCAUACAAGGAUAUCUCUAGUGGAGGAAUCAUAGCACUUGCUGAUUCAGAUGUAUCAACAUCUGGUUCAAAAGCUGCUGCUUGUGGUCUUCUUGCAUCUCUAGCAGCAGCCUCUACUAGAGUGCACAGCGAACAUGGAGUUCCAGCAUCAUUCAAGGUUCCAAUCGGAGUUGUCAUACCUUUUGGCUCAAUGGAGUUAGCUUUAAAGCAAAGCAACUCAGAAGAAAAGUUUACAUCACUGCUAGAAAAGCUAGAAACCGCCACACCUCAAGACGGUGAGCUAGACAGCAUAUGUGAUCAGAUCCAUGAACUGAUGAACUCACUGCAAGUCCCUCAAGAAACAAUCAACACCAUAAGCAAAGCCUUUCCCAAAGACACUCGUCUCAUUGUUCGUUCUAGCGCCAACGUUGAGGACUUAGCUGGAAUGUCAGCAGCAGGACUCUACGAAUCAAUCCCCAACGUGAGCCCCUCAGAUCCUUCAGUGUUCUCUGCUUCCGUUUGCCAAGUUUGGGCUUCUCUCUACACAAGAAGAGCUGUUCUGAGCCGUAGAGCUGCUGGUGUCUCUCAAAGAGAGGCUUCAAUGGCGGUUCUCGUUCAAGAAAUGCUUUCUCCUGACUUAUCUUUCGUUCUUCACACUGUGAGUCCAUCUGAUCCAAAGAACAACCUAGUGGAAGCUGAGAUUGCUCCUGGUUUAGGUGAGACUUUAGCUUCGGGGACGAGGGGAACACCGUGGAGAUUAGCUUCUGGUAAGCUUGAUGGGAUUGUGCAGACCUUAGCGUUUGCUAACUUUAGUGAAGAGCUUCUCGUGUCAGGUAAAGGUCCUGCUGAUGGCAAGUAUGUUCGGUUGACCGUUGACUAUAGCAAGAAACGGUUAACGGUUGACUCGGUGUUUAGACAGAGACUUGGUCAGAGACUCGGUUCGGUUGGUUUCUUCUUGGAAAGAAACUUUGGUUGUGCACAAGACGUUGAAGGCUGUUUGGUUGGUGAAGAUGUUUACAUUGUUCAGUCAAGGCCACAACCUCUGUAAAAUUUUUUUUUUUUUUUUUUACUUUUAUAUAAAAUAUCGAAUAAUAAAAAUGUCAGAAAUCAAAUCGGCAAUUGUGUAUGUUUAAGAGUGACAUAUAUAUUUACUAAUCAUGUUUGUGGAAUUAUCAGAUUUUAAAUUAUUAACUUAACUAAUAAAAUAUCUUUGAGGAAA